UGGACGGGGGAGGGGGUGCUGGAGUGCCGCACGGUACGUCCUCACCGGCGAUCGUGUUCCGGAUCCGCCUCAAGCAGCCCCCCGAGAGCCUCCGCCACAAGAUGCGCGUGCCUGAACUCUGCAGGAACUUCAGCGCUGUUGCUUGGUGUGGGAAGCUGAAUGAAAUCGCAUGUGCAUCAGAGACUUGUGCACGGAUUCCGAGCUCUAAUUCAAGUCCACCUUUUUGGAUUCCUAUACACAUACUGAAUCCUGAGAGACCGACAGAAUGUGCUGUUUUCAAUGUGAGAGCAGAUUCUCCACGUGACUUUGUUCAGUUCAUUGAAUGGUCUCCUCGGUCAUGCCCUCGUUCACUAUUAGUGGCAAAUUUUCAUGGGAGGAUUACUAUAUGGACACAGCCAACUAAGGGUCCUGUUAAUCUCGUACGUGACUCCAGCUCCUGGCAAUGUGAACAUGAAUGGCGUCAAGAUCUUUCUGUGGUUACCAAGUGGUUGUCUGGAGUUUCUCCGUACAGAUGGCUUCCUACAAACUCCAGUUCUUCUUCAAGCAUGAAAACGUUUGAGGAAAAAUUCCUUACACAACACCCUCAAAAUUCAGGAUGGCCAAAUAUUCUAUGUGUUUGUUCUGUAUUUUCAUCAGGAUCUGUCCAGCUUCAUUGGUCACAGUGGCCUUCUAAAAACUCAGCAGAACCUAGAUGGUUUUCCACUAGCAAAGGGCUUCUUGGAGCAGGCCCCAGCGGUAUAAUGGCUGCUGAUGCUAUUAUUACUGAGUCUGGAGCUUUACAUGUUGCUGGUGUUCCCCUUGUCAAUCCUUCCACUGUAGUGGUUUGGGAGGUGAUGCCUGGUCUUGGUAAUGGUAUUCAGGCAACUGCAAAGAUAAAUGCAACAAGCCCUCUUCCUCCAUCUCUGAACCCCCCUUCCUGGACUGGUUUUGCUCCAUUAGCAGCGUAUCUCUUUUCCUUGCAAGAUUACCUUGUUUCUGAGGGUGCACAAACAAGAAAACAGAUAGAUAAUGAGAUUACUGAGGCUGCAUCCAUCCAUUGUUGCCCGGUUUCCAAUUUUUCAGCUUAUGUCAGUCCUGAAGCUGCUGCCCAGUCAGCCACUACUACAACAUGGGGAUCUGGGGUUACUUCAGUUGCUUUUGAUCCCACUCGAGGAGGAGGAGUCAUUACAGUUGUAAUUGUUGAAGGGCAGUAUAUGUCUCCGUAUGACCCCGACGAAGGACCUUCCAUCACUGGAUGGAGAGUCCAAUGCUGGGAAUCUUCACUUCAACCUGUUGUUCUUCACCCAAUAUUUGGAAGCCCGUCUAGCUUUGGUGGGCAGCCUCCUAUGCAAACUGUUUGGUCCACUAGGGUUAACAAAAGCAUUCCACCAACAGAAGACCUUAAAAAUCCUCAAACAUAUGUUCCAAUGCCAACAACUUCAGAUGAACGGAGCUCUUCUGACUGCAGUGUUGACAGGGCAAACAGACUUAGUUUUGAUCCUUAUGAUCUUCCGAAUGAUGUUAGACAACUGGCCCAAAUAGUUUAUUCUGCACAUGGUGGUGAGGUUGCUGUUGCUUUCCUGCGUGGUGGAGUGCACAUUUUCUCAGGCCCAAAUUUUGAUCAGGUUGACAGCUAUCAUGUCAAUGUUGGCUCAUCAAUUGCUCAGCCAGCCUUCUCCUCUACCAGCUGUUGCUUGGCAUCAGUAUGGCAUGACACAUUCAAAGAUCGAACCAUACUAAAGAUAAUACGUGUGCUUCCUCCUGCCAUUCUUAAUGCUCAGACAAAGGUCAGCUCAGCUGUGUGGGAACGGGCAAUAGCAGAUAGAUUUUGGUGGAGUUUGCUGGCUGGUGUGGAUUGGUGGGAUGCUGUUGGUUGCACACAGAGUGCUGCUGAAGAUGGUAUUGUGUCACUUAACAGUGUGAUAGCCUUGCUGGAUACUGAUUUCCAUUGUCUUCCAACUAUGCAACAGAGGCAACAACACUGUCCUAACCUCGAUAGGAUAAAGUGUAGGCUAUUGGAAGGAACAAAUGCUCAAGAUGUCAGAGCACUUGUAUUGGACAUGCAAGCAAGAUUGCUUCUGGAUAUGCUAGGCAAGGGAAUAGAGUCUGCCCUGAUAAAUCCAUCAACUCUGCUACCUGAACCCUGGCAUGCUUCUAGUGAUAUGCUGUCUAACAUUGAGCCUGACAAAAUGACGGUUGACCCAGCUCUACUUCCAAACAUCCAGGGUUAUGUUGAUGCUGUUCUUGAUUUAGCAUCACAUUUCAUCACACGCUUGCGGCGGUAUGCAAGUUUCUGUCGGACUUUGGCUAGCCAUGCUGUAGGAGCAUCUUCUGGUUCAGGCAGUUCCAGGAAUAUGGUUACUAGUCCAACCAACAGUUCCCCAUCACCAUCAAAUAACCAAGGUAAUCAAAGUGGAGUAGCAUCUACGACUGGGAGCUCACAAAUGCAAGAGUGGGUCCAAGGUGCGAUUGCUAAGAUUAGCAACACUGCUGAUGGUGCUACCAACGCAGCACCAAAUCCAGUUAGUGGGAGGUCAUCAUUUAUGCCAAUCAGCAUCAACACAGGAACUUUUCCUGGGACACCUGCUGUUAGACUUAUUGGCGACUGCCAUUUCCUUCAUAGAUUAUGCCAGUUGCUGCUAUUUUGUUUGCUUUUCCGGAGAAGGCAGUCACCAAGAUUGCUCGCAAAUGCACAGAAAAAUCCUGAUUCUGCCAUGCAGAAAAUACAGCACUUGAUGAACGGUAAGAUAGAGGACAAUAGUUCUGCAGUUUCUGCAGCAAGAUCUGGUCUAGGGGCUGCCAAAAUGGAAGAUGGUCCAACUGCACGUGGACAGUUGGUUCUUGGAGCCAAGGGUCUCGAAGAAAAUCCAAUGGGCAAGUCUGUUAGAAUUGGUUCUGGCAAUGCUGGACAGGGUUAUACGUCAGAUGAGGUGAAGGUCCUUUUUCUCAUAUUGGUUGAUCUUUGUCGAAGGACGUCAAGUUUGCAGCAUCCAUUGCCUGUUUCUCAGGUUGGUACCAGCAACAUUAUUAUAAGGUUGCACUUCAUCGAUGGCACUUACACUGUGCUGCCAGAGGUAGUGGAAGCAUCUCUUGGUCCCCAUAUGCAGAAUAUGCCUCGUCCACGAGGAGCUGAUGCUGCUGGUCUUUUACUUCGAGAAUUAGAACUGCAACCUCCUUCUGAAGAAUGGCAUAGGCGCAACAUGUUUGGAGGGCCCUGGUCAGAACCAGAUGAUCUUGGUCCAUUAGAUAAUAUGCCACAUCUGAAAAUUGGUGGCAACUCUCGUUCAUCCGACAUGGAAGAGGAUGGCAACACUAACCUUGGGAUUCAAAGUCUUUGGCCAAGAAAGCGCCGCUUAUCUGAAAGAGAUGCAGCAUUUGGUCUGAAAACAUCUAUGGGUCUUGGAACUUAUCUAGGUGUGAUGGGGUCUCGACGAGAUGUUAUCACAGCCGUGUGGAGAACAGGUCUUGAAGGUGAAUGGUAUAAGUGCAUACGGUGUUUGCGGCAAACUUGUGCAUUUGCGCAGCCUGGUGGCCCAAACCCGGCAAAUGAACGUGAGGCAUGGUGGAUCAGCAGGUGGACACAGGCAUGUCCAAUGUGUGGUGGGUCAUGGGUGAAAGUUGUGUGAUUGUUGACACCUUCACCACGCUGAUUCUUCCCAGUUAGUCAGUAGCUUGUUUAGCCAAGUCUGAACCAGCAUUGUUGGUUCCCUUGUUGGACAACUUCGUCUUAAGGCCCCAGCGCUGUUAUUUACCUGCAGAGAUCAUAGGCUCAAAGCAGAUACACAGGCUUAGCUCUGACGGCUGUGUAAAAAUGUAGUUGUAUUAGGAGACAGGUUUGUGCGAUCAUUAUGUGUAUAAAUGUAUCCCAAUGUUGGAUGAAAGAUGUUAGAUGGGCUAUGCACUUACACGAGUACUGCUAGUGCUUGAUUUUGGUAAACUGCUAGUCAUAUAAGAUGGUGAUCCCCCCUGAUCCUUUACGGGUACUGGACUGCUUUAACGAAAAAUACACUCAAUCUUAUUGAAAAUUUGUGUGAAGUUACUGCAAAUGUUAUGUUUCAUGGAA